AAGAAUUUUCUCUUUCGGUUGAUUGUUCUUGUAGGUAGGAAUAUUCUUUUUCUCGAACGCUUCUAGCUCCUGAGAUUGAGGAUCGAAAACAGGCGGGAAAUGGAUGACAAUAAGCAAAACCAUAGAGUAAAACUCCCGUUGGAAGAGAGUGACAGGGACAUUUCUUCCCCGAGGCCUCAAGAAGAAAUCAGGCUAGACGACCGUCUCAAGGCGUUGCUGAAUAAGAUAGAGUAUAAUAAAAGUAGCAUUCGGGUCAUGAACAAGUCGAAGCGCACAAGAAAGAAAAAUUAGGAUGAAGAAAGGGCCAUGGAAUCUGAGCGCCAUCGGAAAGGACAAAAAGCAAC